GAAGUUGUGGGGGGCGGGGAGAUCAGAAGUGGGGCGCCCUUUGCUCUGGAGACCCUCGCGCUCCAAGGAGUGGCGCCUGGCCAGGAGAGCGACUGGAGGAUGGAGAGGACCUGGGCCAGAGAGUAUUUUGCAGAGGAUGCGGGGGAGAUGGUACCCAGAAUGUGUAAUGCUGCAGCCUUUCUCAGCGACACCAAAGAUCGAGGGCCUUCAGGGCAGCCACAGAUCUGGAGAAAUGGGGAGAAGGUGGGCUUUGCGCAGGCGCACACCUUGAGAGCGUUUGAGAAGCUCCCACAAGUGCAGACCCAGGCUCUGAGAGACUUUGAGAAGCACCUCAACGACCUGAAGAAGGAGAACUUCAGCCUCAAGCUGCGCAUCUACUUCCUGGAGGAGCGCAUGCAAGGGAAGUACGAGGCCAGCCCCGAGGACGUGUACAAGUCGAACAUCGAGCUGAAGGUUGAAGUGGAGAGCCUGAAACGAGAACUGCAGGACAAGAAACAGCAUCUGGAUAAAACAUGGGCUGAUGUGGAGAAUCUCAAUACUCAGAAUGAAGCUGAGCUCCGACGCCAAUUUGAAGAGCGACAGCAGGAGACGGAGCACGUCUAUGAGCUCUUGGAGAAUAAGAUCCAGCUUCUGCAGGAGGUGCGGCCUGCUGGGGUUCACAACCAAGGCCCCCCUUAG